AUCGGCGGGAAGUUGAAUCUUAAAACCGUGCAAUCCGGUCUCAGCGGCGUCGUUGAUGGGACGUUCAGACUACACUGUAUCUUCAACGAAAACGGCCGUGUGGCUCUCCCAGAGAGCCAGGACUGGCUCGAGGGGCUCUACACUUUCCAGCGUUGUCAACUCCGUAAUAGACCCACCCUGAGAGUCGACUCCACCAGGAGUCGGAGUCGCCAACUGACAACGCUGCUUGAAGGCACCGGCGGCGACUCUAGAUUCGCUGUCGAAUUCAAGUUUGCUAAGGCCAUAGGCACCAUUGUCAUCGCCACAACCUCAUCAGCAGCCAAGGCUGGCGUAUUGAAGAAACUGGGCGCUGAUCAUGUCAUCGACUACAAGGAAGUGCUAAACCUCAACUGGGGG